ACCCACCGUGCCCCUUCACAGGGCCUGCCCACUUUGCUCCUCCCCUUGCCUGCCCACAGUGCUCCUUCCUGUGACUGCCCACUCUUCCCUUGCCCAUGAUUCCUCCCGGCUUCAGUCUGGUACAUUCAGCCCCACCAGUGGAUACAAUUUUGAUAAGUGACCUCUUCUAUUUUCCUGUGUCUCUCACUUCAAGGUUACUUCCUCCCCUCCCUUCCAUUGUAUCUUUAUCUCCUCCGUGUCCCUCCCUCCCUCCUCUUCCAACUUCACUUUGAUUUUCACACCCUCUGUCUCGAUCUCUGCCCGUCAUCUCCACUGGACCCCGGAAGCCUCAAGACUAGUUCUCUUCCUGAGCAGAGAGACACUCAGUGGUCCCACUGUGAGAAGAAAGCUUGCUUAAAUUUUAGCCAUACCUCAUUUGGGGGGACAGUAUUUGAUCCUGUGCCCUCAGCAGACUCUCCUGAUCCCAGUGUGCACCUACCUGUCAGGUUUCUUGUCUUUGGUUCUUUCAAAAGUUCCGGUCUAGUGUCACUUAAGCAGGGACAUUUUAUACUGUGUUUCAAGCAGUCAGUGCCAUCAUAGAGCUCCCGACAUAGAUCUCUGCGCUGGGUUUCACACACUGAGCUGUGAAAUCCUGUAGGUGAAGUCAUGAGGGAUCAUUUGGAUGAAGCUGUGCCAUUUUGAAGUGCCUCUGUAGCUUCACAAUGCGGAGGAAAAUGGAGGGUGGCAUCUUUGGCCUUUGACUACAUGUGCUGUGUGAAGCUAUUUGUGGCUAUCCGCCAUCGCUUGUCUUCGAUGGUCCCCAUGGGCAUCACUACAGAGUUGUAGGUGGACCUGGAGUGGGAGGGAGAUUGGGGGAAGAGUUGGAGUGAUGCUUGUUGUGGGGCUGUCACUGAAGAGGAAGUUUGCCAGACAAACUCUUUCAUUCCAGACAGGCUAUCUGUAGUCCCUGAGGUGCUGAUCCGAAAUCGCCAGGUACAUUUUGCCCAAUGCUCAGAACUGUCCUGGCCUCCCUUCUGAGGUGAAUAUGUUUCCUUGUCCUCGCUGUGUCCCUUUCCAGUCCAUGUACCCAACUCCCACAAGGUCCCUAUGCUAACCAGGAGAAAGGUCCACCUUUUGGUCCAGCAACCAUAAUAGAACUCCUGGUUCCCUGGCCAGCACUUGUUGCCAUGCUGAGCUACCACCAGGGGGCAGAACAAGAUGGGAGAGCUGUCGGAGACAGAACCCCUGAGCUCUCUAUGAUGCAGCUUCUGGACCAGGUUUCCCAGGAGCCCAAAUCAGUCAUAAGCUAACUGCCCUUGCCAAGAUUUUGUCCUGUAAGUUGUUUGAAGACAGGCCCUGCUUGAGAGGCCCUGACAUCUGCAGUGACGAUGGAGGACUGGCUCCCGUGGGUAGGCCUACUGGUCCAUUCCCUUACCAGCAUGGCAGUGUGGAAGUUGGCUGCUUAAACAGGAUGAGGGAAGUGGUAUGUGUCACUGUCUCAAGGUAAUGUAACCAUGUCAGUCAUCUGACAGCAGGGAAUCAGAAACAGCAGAAGGUCAGUGUCAGCAACAGGAUCUUCUCAGUCUGCCUUGGACUGAAUCAUGUCUCCUCACAAUUUAUGUUGCUGUUUUUGACACCUAAACCCAGAGAUUAUUGGGUUUGGAACCUUAAGUGUGGAAUUAAGAUGGAUCUUAGCCAUAAGUGGGAGGCUGACGUACAGGGAUUAAUGUCAUCAUGUGAAGAAACAGCAGACAACUUGCUCUGUGUAUGCACAAAUGCUAGAAGGAGAUGCUGUGUGAGGGCUCAGUGAGAAGCAGGCUAAGCUGGGAUGCUAGGCAGAAGCCAAGCCUGGACACACUUUGAUCUUGUACUUGCCAGUCUGCAGAACCAUCAGGAAAUAAAUCUGUUGUUCUAAUCAUCUUGUCUUCGGUAUUAAUUUUAUGGAAGUCCACAGAGUGGACCAGUGUGCCCAUCCUUGCGAUUCUCUGAAGAAUGAACCCGGGGUUCCUAUGGAUAAGUCACAGGUAGCUUGCUCAUUGGGACACUGAAACUGGGUGUGAAGCAUGGGUGUUUGCCCCUUUGGAAUUUUGUGAAGAACAAAAGUUACCUACACUCACCUAUUAUGAUGGGUCCCCGAGAUCUUCAGGAUGUGGGAGAGGGUGUGGCAUGAUAGAUUCUCCCACUGUGAGUUUGAAUGUUUCCUGUAAUGUCUGAAAUUUCAUCGAAUUAUCAAAAUAUUACAUAUGGAAAAAAGAAAGCCAUUUGGGGGCAGCCUAGGCUUUACUGGAUGCUGUGGGAGAAAAGGGUUAAGGGAAGAAUGAGUGCAUUCAAGCCUUCUGUUGUAGUGCGUGUUCCAGAGAGGAGAGUCCAGAUCCUGUCAGCCCAGAGAAACAACUGGAUACAUUACAGGGAAGUACGUAAAGCAGUUUCUGCUGUGAGUGCCUCCAAGAAGGAGCAGGCCACACGGGUAAAGAAACACGUGGUUCGGAGACAGAAAGGGACUAUGGCUGCUGCCCCUAAAUCGCACGUGCAUGUCAAGAAAUUGACUGUGGAAGAAGGAGUUCGCACUGGAAAAAACAGUGUGCACCAACUCCAGGCCCAGGUUGACACAGCAACUCAGCAGGAGAGCUCCCAAGGGCCUGUGCUUCUGAGCCAGCUCCCAGAAACAACAUCUGUGCCAUAUACUCCAGAGACAAUGGGGCAACAACUGACGGUGUCCCUUUCUGGGGAGCCCUAUGGGCCCUCUGCCAUGCCAAGCAUGUGCCCAAGCCUGAUUCUUCAGCCCUGUGCCACCACCGACCCGAUGCUACUGCAGCCACAGGGCUCCAGUGCCUCCAACCAGGCUUCAGUUUCUGCCACCUUAGAGUGGCAGGAGAUGCUGGAGGCUGCUGAGGCUCUGCUGGCUCUGAAAAAUUCUUCUCAGACACGUCACCAGCCCUGUGGCAUGCCCGGUACUGCUGGAGAGAGGGGACUGCAGCUGCCCAACCCCUCUAUGCCACCAAGGCCUGCAAGCUCUGGUUCGCUGCCUUCUGGACAUCUGGAUUGCAUGUCCCUCUUGACCUAAGAACCCAGACUAUGAGGCCUCGCUAAAGCACUGCCUGAUUGAUUCCUGUUUCUGAACUUGCAAAAUGGCUCCUGUCCAAAGUGCUUAAUGUGUUUUUUAAGCAUUCAGGUAUUUUAUAAGCUUUCAGAUCCUUUUUAUGAUGUAGGGCAAUUACUUGGCUUUCCUAUGUUCUUUACCCCACCCCUUAUUUCUUUGGAAGCUGGGGCUUUUUAUGUGUCUUAUAAAAUGCUUUGUGCAAUCUAAUAUGAUCAAUCAAUCAGUGGGUUCUGAGUGGUAUCAAAUGCCAGUGUUUUCCUUUGUGUGCACUCACUUGCACACAUAAUUGUGCACUACUGUACUUAAACAUGCAUGUGGAAACAUGAGGAUUUUCACAUUGCAUCUAGAUUUGUGUGUUACCAAAAAUAAAUAAUUUUGUAAGGCA